AUGUCUUUGAUCAACCAAUUAGUCUUUAAACGGUUUAUGGCGAUUCGUCCUGCUGUCAAUGUACCUAAAUUGAAAGGCAAUAAACCAAAAUUUGAGCGUAAUAUGCCUAUAAAUAGGAGAGUUAAAGCUUGGGAAAGAGCUGGUGAAGACAAAGACGAUUUCUUCAGACGUAAGUAUGCCCAUGUUCAUGCUAGGCAAAAAGAGGGAAGAAGAAGUUACGAGAAGCAUUCUGCGAAGGAGGAAACGCAACCUCCAAGACAAAGCUUUUUUGAUAGACCAAGAAGAAAUGCUAAUCCAUCAAGGUAUCUACAGGCCAAUCCAUUGUUAGAAUAUGUAUAUGGUACCAAUAGUGUUCUUGCAGCUCUACAAAGUAAUAAAAGGGAAUAUUUUACAAAACUGUAUUAUCAUGGUUCAUUGCAACCGGAUAUUGAGAAUUUAUCCAAAAGUCGUUCAGUAGAAUUGGUUAAAACUGAUAAACACAACUUAAAUUUGUUAACGAAAGAUGCUGUUCAUAAUAAUGUUGUAUUAGAGACGAAACCGUUGAAACCAAUUGAAAUUAAUAAUUUAGAAACUGUAAAUACUGAAGAUUGUACUUUUCAAAUCACUGAACAGAGUUUAAUAAAGAAAACCAAAUCUAUUGGAUAUAUUAGCAACGAAAACAAGAAGUUCCCAUUAGGUGUGUAUCUUGAUGAAGUCAUGGAUCCUCAUAAUGUUGGUGCUAUCAUUAGAAGCGCGUACUUUUUAGGAGCUGAUUUCGUAGUGAUGUCUCGUAAGAAUUGUGCACCAUUAUCAGGAACAGUGAAUAAAACCAGUAGUGGGUCUAUGGAGUUGUUACCAAUAUAUUAUGUUGAUAAGCCUUUGACAUUUUUCCAGAAGAGUAGUGAAGAAGGAGGAUGGUCAUUCAUUUCCAGUUGUAUUACCGAUGAUAUUAUUAGCAAAGAUAAUAAAUUUAUCAAAAACAAGAUGCUUUCAUUAGAGGAUCUAAGUGGUUUAUGUAAAGAAUUUCCUGUUGUGCUUGUAGUUGGUAACGAAAACACAGGUAUUAGAACUAAUUUACGAAUGAGAAGUGAUUUCUAUGUUGAGAUUCCAUUUGGAAGGGAUUCAGAGAGUGACAGUAACCGCCAAGCAAUUAGUACAGUAGAUUCCCUAAACGUAAGUGUUGCGACUGCAUUGUUAUUGAACAGAAUAUUGACGUAA